AAAAAAAUUCUUCCAAUAUACCCAAACCCCAAAAAAACAUCUUCGAAGAGAAACAAACAAAAAAAGCUGAAGAGAAAGAAAGAAAGACAGAGAGAGUUAGAAACUUACGAGAAAAAAGAGCACAUCUGAGGAAAAUUAAGCUCUUUGGUAUGAAAAUUCCUUUCCCGACUGUUUUAGAGGUUACUACUGAUGAAGAAGAAGAAGAAAAGAACCAAAACGAGACGUUAACUGAUCAAUCGGACAAAGACAAAACCCUAAAGAAACCAACCAAGAUUCUUCCAUGUCCAAGAUGCAACAGCAUGGAGACAAAAUUCUGUUACUACAACAACUACAACGUAAACCAACCUCGCCAUUUUUGUAAAGCCUGUCAGAGAUAUUGGACCUCUGGUGGGACCAUGAGAAGUGUUCCCAUCGGAGCAGGACGACGCAAGAACAAGAACAACUCAUCGUCAUCAACUUCACAUUACCGCCACGUGACUAUCUCCGAAACAAAAGGUCCGGUCCUUAGUUUCAGCCUCGGAGAUGAUCAAAAGGUCUCGAGUAAUAGGUUCGGUAAUCCAAAGCUAAUGGCUAGGAUAGAGAACAAUGACGAGCGCUCAAAUAACAACACGUCGAACUGCUUUCCAGGGGUUUCGUGGCCGUACACGUGGAAUCCUGCGUUUUACCCGGUUUACCCUUACUGGAACAUUCCAAUGUUGUCUUCUCCGGUUAAUUCAAGUCCUACUUCUACUCUUGGUAAGCAUUCGAGGGACGAAGACGAAACGGUGAAGCAAAAACAGAGGAACGUAUCUGUAUUGGUUCCUAAGACUUUAAGAAUUGAUGAUCCUAAUGAAGCUGCAAAGAGUUCUAUAUGGACAACACUUGGUAUCAAGAACGAAGUUAUGUUCAAUGGGUUUGCUUCGAAGAAAGAGGUUAAGAUUAAUAACAAAGAAGAAACAGAGACUUCUCUUGUUCUUUGUGCAAACCCUGCUGCGUUAUCAAGAUCAAUCAAUUUUCAUGAGCAGAUGUGAUUGUAUACAUAUGAUAUAUACGUGUAUGUAUGUAUAGAUGUGGUGGAAGAUUGAGUUAGAUAAAUCAAGAUCUGUCUUUUUCUUCUUUCGUCGUGGCUUACAUAAAGCUUAAUUAUAGCUUUUGUACCAUACACUUUUUAGUCUUUCAUGUUUGAUUUUUGAUGUAAGAUUAAAUAACGAUGAAAGAAAAGUUCGUUUUAACCGUUA